AUGUCCACAUCCAAGAGACACGUCAAAACUCAUUCUACUUAUGCCUUCGAAAGCAACACCAGUAACGUCGCUGCUUCUCAGAUGAGAAACGUUUUGAAUAGACUAGUCGACUCUGUUGAAGAUGAUGACAAACGUCAAAAAUUUGAAAAUGAAAUGGAUUCCUUCUUCACUCUUUUCAGAAGAUAUUUAAUUGAAAAAUCUCAAUCUAAUAACAUCUUGGAUUGGGAUAAGAUCAAAUCUCCAAACCCAGAAGAAGUCGUAAGUUAUGCUAAGAUUGACCCGGAAUUAGCUGGCAACACUGAAAAUCUAUCUAAACUGGCCGUUUUGAAACUUAAUGGUGGUUUAGGUACUUCCAUGGGUUGUGUGGGACCUAAAUCUGUCAUUGAGGUUAGAGACGGUAACACUUUCUUGGAUCUUUCUGUGCGUCAAAUUGAAUAUUUAAACAGAACUUAUGACUCGGAUGUCCCAUUGCUACUAAUGAACUCUUUUAACACUGAUAAAGAUACUGCACAUCUAAUCAAAAAGUAUUCUGGCAACAGAAUCAGAAUCAGAUCCUUUAACCAAUCCAGAUUCCCAAGAGUCUACAAAGACUCUUUAUUACCUGUCCCAACUGAAUACGAUGAUGCCUUAGAUGCUUGGUACCCACCUGGCCAUGGUGACUUGUUCGAAGCUCUUCAUGCUUCUGGUGAGUUAGAUGCAUUAAUUGCUCAAGGUAGAGAGAUUCUUUUCGUCUCUAAUGGUGACAAUCUAGGUGCCACUGUCGACUUAAAGAUCUUAAACCACAUGAUUGAGACUGGUGCAGAAUAUAUCAUGGAAUUGACUGAUAAGACUAGAGCUGAUGUGAAAGGUGGUACUUUAAUCAACUAUGAUGGUCAAGUCAGAUUAUUAGAAGUUGCUCAAGUACCUAAGGAACACAUUGACGAAUUUAAGAAUAUCAGAAAAUUCAAAAAUUUCAACACUAAUAACUUAUGGAUCAAUUUAAGAGCUAUUAAGAGACUAGUGGAAUCCUCAUCCCUAGAAAUGGAAAUCAUUCCAAAUCAAAAAACAAUCAUGAGAGGUGGCCAUGAAAUUAACGUCCUUCAAUUAGAAACUGCAUGUGGUGCUGCUAUUAGACAUUUUGAAGGUGCUCAUGGUGUUGUUGUCCCAAGAUCCAGAUUCUUACCAGUCAAGACUUGUUCAGAUCUUUUAUUAGUCAAGUCAGAUCUUUUCCACUUACAACAUGGUGCUCUUGUAUUGGAUGAACAAAGAUUUGGUCCAAACCCACUUAUUAAGCUAGGCUCUCAUUUCAAAAAGGUUUCUGAUUUCAGUUCAAGAAUUCCACAUAUCCCAAAGAUUGUUGAAUUGGAUCAUUUAACCAUCACUGGUAAUGUUUUCUUAGGUAAAAAUGUCACGUUAAGAGGUACUGUCAUUAUUGUUUGCUCUGAUGGGCAAAAGAUUGAUAUUCCAAAUGGUUCUGUCUUAGAAAAUGUGGUUAUUACUGGUAACUUACAAAUCUUAGAACAUUAA